UGGGAGGCGGCGGCGGCUGCCAUGGCCCGGCAUGCAGCGCGGCCCGCGCCUCACUUCCGGCCGGGGCGCUAGGAUGGCGACUCCCAUGCACCGCCUCAUCGCCCGCAGGCAGGCGGAGGCAAACAAGCAGCAUGUAAGGUGUCAGAAAUGUUUGGAGUUUGGACAUUGGACAUAUGAAUGUAAAGGGAAGAGGAAAUACCUGCACAGACCUUCAAGGACAGCUCAGCUAGCAAAAAUUCUAAAAGAAAAGGAAAAGCAACUAUUGCUGCAGCAAAGCACUGGAGAAAGUGCUGCAGAAAGGAAGACCAAGAAAAAGAGAUCUAAAAGCGUGACCAGUUCCAGCAGCAGCAGCAGUGACAGUUCAGCUAGCGACUCCUCAUCUGACAGUGAAGAUUCCUCUACCUCUUCUUCCGAUGAUGACAGUGACAGUGAUGAGAGCUCCUCUUCUUCCUCAUCCUCUCCAUCCUCCAGUAGCACUUCCUCUUCUUCAGAGGUCGACUCAGAUUCCAGCUCCUCCAGCAGCAGCAGCAGCAGCAGCACAGACAGUAGCUCUGACGAUGAACCACCAAAGAAAAAGAAGAAGAAAUAGUCCAGUGCAGCCUAGAAGUGUUGUGUAGUGAACGGUAACGCUCUGCAGAGAUGGGGUCAGCCCUGCUUGCCAAACAGUUCAUCUGGGCAGCAUUUCUACUGCUCCAACUUUCUACGUGGUUUUGCAUAGUUGUUCACAGGACAUGAAAGGCAUUAAAUGGCACGUUGAGACUUCCUGAGAGACUUAUUUUUGUGGCUGAUCCUUUUAAGGAGAGUUUAACUUUUGUAGUUCAAAAAGAAAAAAAGUGAAAAAAAGAAAAAAAAAAACAAAAAUACUUAUCUUCAGAUCUGUUUAUAUGAGCUAAGGUCCAGUAACCUGGAUGUUUACAUGCUGCAAAGCAAAAGCUUUUCACUGCAGAUCUUGCUGUGUAUCAUAUGUUACUACUCUCUUCCUGCCAGCUUCACUUUCAGUGAGAAACUCUUCUGAAGCAGAAGUUUCAGGCUGUGGAGCACUGUGCUUGUGGGAGUGGAAUGCAGUGUUGCUCACAGAGGGCCUUGAUCUCACUGGUAACAGAUGGAUUCUGUGCUGCUGAGCUUUGUUGUUUUUUCCUGAUGGCUCUUCCUGAUGCUUCCAGGUUGAGUCCUAACUGCACCAUAAAACUUUUAACUGGUGUUAAUUUGUUAAUUAAUGAUCAAUAUCCAACUUGUACUGUCCAGAGGCUUUAGUCUUUUCAACUCACCUGUUUCCUUAGCUCAUGUAUUUGUAGCAUUUUCUGAGACAGUGUCUCCUGCAGCAGUGUUGUGUAAGAGGAGCAGCUUGCAGUGGAAGAAUGAUCCUGCUUACCAGCUUCAUUGUUGUGCCUUUUCUUGGUAAAUUAAAUGUACCCCCAUGAGAGAAGGGCUCAAGUGAGUGCUUUUUCAGCGCUUCACUAGCUUUCCAUAGAGACUAGGGUCAGUAAAACCAGAGAAAUAGUAGUAAUAAGUGUGAAAUAUGAGCACUCUUUUUCAAAGAGAUCAGAAGAAGGCUACUUUCACUGCUUGCUCAGUAAGAAAAAGUCACCUUUGAACAGAGAUCCUAAAGGAGAAUCUUUCCCUUAGGCUGUUUUUGCAGAGAAUGGUUGUGUCAUUGCUGGGUGCUGUUGAGUGUGUGGUGACUGGCAUGAUGGUCUGCAGUCCAGUCAGUCUCAUACCUUUAUGUCAUGGUGGGUGUGUGUGUAUGCCUGUGAAAAUCUGCCACGGGAGAAGCCAGUUAGUGCAGGGCAAACCCCCCUAACAAAGGCAAAAUCCAAACCUACUGCAGAACAAGUACUGCUGGUUGCACCUUCCAAGGUCUUUGUUCUUUUGGUGGGUUGAAGCAGUUGGAGUUAGUGUUUGAAUUUGUGGUGCACUCUUCCCGAGUUUCUUGCUGGUGGGAGUGCCCCCUCUCCCUUUUGAUUCUGGGGAUGGGGGCAUCACAUAUGGAAGAAUUCUUGGUUUAGGUAAAAAUACAGUAAACUAUUUUUUAUACUUUUAUGGGAAAAAGUAGUGUGUAGAACUUCCUUUGGAAUAAACUGUGCUUAUUUAAAUGCUUGGAAAGAUGUUGUGUGGUUUCAGUCUGUAACCAUUACUGUGUUUUACAGGACACUCUUGCAGACCCUAAAUAAAAGCAGCGGAAAAUUGGUUUGAA